GUGCUUGUUUUAAUGAACUGGAACACAAGGGGCAUUUUGGUGAAGUUCCAAGCUCCCUGUUUGACAAAACUAACUCAGGUUUAUGUUUGUGUUUUCAGGAAAAGCAAGAAGAAUGUCCCAAAAGCAUCUGAAAGAAGCCUUUAUCAGGGACUUAAAUGGAACCAGCUUGCUGGAAAUUUCUAUAGGUUUGUCUCUAGCCCCACUCUGCCUGCUCAGCAGAGGACUCCUCUUGAUUUUGUAUUACUUACACUAUGGGAAACCUCUAAGUUCCAGGCCAUACAGCCUGCUGCUGGACUUCCUUGUGCUGGUGUCUCCUCUCCUGUUCUCCUGCACAGUCUUGUCUCCAGUCAUCUUUUUCAUACCAAUUAUCAUUGCAGCCUUCUGUGCCGGAAUAUUUUCCAACAUAUACAGCCAAAGAAAGCAGGAGCCCAGGGUGGCUUUUAAGCAAAUGGUGAAAGGCUUCCAGAAGAUGUCCUUGGAUCCAGAAUACAUUCCAGCAAUAACCGUCUUCCGCGUUUAUAUCAACAUCUUGACAUCCAUCAGCAUUUUAGCAGUGGAUUUCCCGCAGUAUCCGCGGCGAUACGCCAAAACCGAGACCUAUGGAACAGGAAUUAUGGAUUUUGGGGUUGGAGCUUUUGUUUUUGGGAAUGCUCUUGUUUGUCCUGAAGUUAGACAGAAGUCUUCUGUCACACAACCAAAGUUUUCCAAUGUGGCCAGGCAGUUCUCAUCCAUUUGGCCACUGAUUUUCCUUGGCGUUGGGCGACUGCUCAGUGUUAAAUCUAUAGACUACCAUGAACAUACUUCAGAGUAUGGAGUGCACUGGAAUUUUUUCUUUACCUUAGCAUUUGUGAGGCUUGCAGCAUCUCUACUUUUGUCUGUAUUCCCCAAAUAUAACUCUUGGAUUGUUGCUGUAAAUCUCGCUGUGCUUUAUCAGCUUAUUCUGAACACUACCUCUCUGAAGAUGUUCAUCUUGCAUGGCAGCAAUGGCAGAGACACGAGGGUUGGCUUUUUAAAUGCCAACAGGGAAGGGCUGCUCUCUCUUUUUGGGUAUUUAGCUAUAUACAUGGCAAGUGUCCAGGUGGGACUAUGGCUGCUGAAGCGCAGGAGCUCGGUGAGAGGCUGGGCUGAGGCAGUGUGUCUCUUACUGCUCACAGUUCUUGUGCUCUUCCUCUUUCUUCACGUCUCACAAGUGUACGUGGAGCCCGUGUCCCGCCGGAUGGCCAACCUCUCCUACUGCAUAUGGGUGGUUGCUCACUGCCUGAUGUUCUUUAUCUGCUUAGUGGUGACUGACCUCGCAUUGGUGUUCACAAAGCUGCUUGUGAGGGGGUCCAGCGUGCCCUGUUGCUGGGAUGUUGUACAGGCCCCCAGUACCAGUAAAAAGCAUGAACUGGAGGCUGUGCCUGUCAGAAGGGAAGGCAAGCACAUGUGCCUGAUCAGUGCUAUCAAUAAAAAUCAAUUACUGUUUUUCUUGCUAGCAAAUAUUAUGACUGGUGCUGUGAAUAUUCUUAUAGAUACAAUCCACAGCAAGACUGCCUUUACAUUAUGUAUACUACACUUGUAUAUGUUUUUUAACUGUUUAGUUAUGUAUGUAAUGCAUGCCAGAAAUAUAGUGUUCAAGUUUUGGUGAUUCCACUCUGUCUUCAGUGGACUAGUUGAACUUUGCUGUAGUUGGAGGAUGGUAUUUAAAGGGGAAAAUUGGUACUUUUUCUGUACUUAUUGCAGUUAAGUUAUAAUUUAGUACAGCUUUUUAUGAUUUAGCAUUGAUUAGUUUUUCAGUGGUUUGUUUUACCAAACACAUGCAGUCAGUGCUGUUACCUGCUGGAGCUGGUACACAUUCUUCUGAACACCUAGGCUUUGAGAUUGUUUGCCAAAUACUCCUGCUGCUCCUGUAAGAACUCAUGCAGAAGAGUGAUGUUGCAUUUACAGGUAGUGAACAGUGAAGUACUGGUGGAACGAGGUAGCAAUGUAUAGAGUAGAAAUCAGAUGAGAAGUAGAAGAAUGAGUAAUUAUAGAGACUUACCUGAGUCAGGAUUUACCUAGUUGAGGCCCUUGCAUAAAUAACAGCUAAGAAUAAUUCUUGAUAUGAAAUGUAUUCAGUAAGUGGAUACUUAAAACAGUUUUGGCCCCAGUCCUGCAAAGAUUUAUGCAUAUGCUUGACUUUGAUAGCAGUAAUUGUAUGUGCAAUGUUAAUCCUAUACUGAAAUCUAAGUGAGCCUUUGAAGUAAGGCUGAGCUUUAUUUUCAUACUCACUGAUGACUAUAAACAAAGACCUCAGAUAAAGUGUGAUGCUCCAAAGGAUAAACUCAACUGCGGAUGAAUUCAUAAAGCAGUUGUUGGAAUUUGAUAAUAAGAGCAGCACAGCCUUUUGUAAGAAAGUACAAAGAUCCAAAACUAAUUCACCCCCAGCCUGCAUACCAGCGUGUUGUGACAGCUCAUCUUUAGGAACAUUGUAAACUAUGGUCUUCAGCUCUACUUUGAAAGUACUCAAAGGCCCACCUACUUGUCUAUAAAGUCAUUUUAAGCAGCAGCUCAUUUAGUACUGUGUCUUGACAGCUGAGAUGUCUUCAAGUGGGAACAUUCUGUAUUAAUUUUUAUUAGCAAACACAGUAUGCAAAUGGAAAGCAGCACGAUGCAGUGGGGCAGGGUACCAGCAGAUGUGCUCAGUUUCUGUCACAGCACCCUCUUUGUUCACUUUCCAGAGUGUGACAGUUCCUCCUGACCUUGUUAAGUUUGUUGGUAAGAGAAAUACAUUUAAACAUUGUGAGGAAUUUAAUGGGAGAUACAAAUACUUAAGAAGUAGAAUACAAGUGGUAAUUGG